ACAUUUUUGCAUAUGCGCAUCAUUUUUUUUUAAAUAAGCGAAUAUAACGAAUAUGUGAAUUUCGCGAAUAUAUGACAAAUAUUCUAGUGGGCCAGUUGAAGCAUUUACUGAGAAACGGCACCAUAGCCCCAUCAUACAUCCCCCGUCUACUGUCCACCCGUGUCCUGCACUGUAUGUAUUCCCUAUGUUGUCUUGAAUAAAGAAGGAUUGAAGAUACGCAUGUGUGUUUUAUGGGGUCCCGUCAUGUUCCUGCUCGCACAGUUCUGUUUGAGAGAGAGAAGAAUGGUGUGACAUAUCGUGUACCGGCACUCCUCUACAUUCCACGUUGGCUGACUCUGUUGGCAUUCGCAGAAGAGAGGUUGAGCCCUGACGAUGCCCAUGCAAACCUUCUAGUAUUGCGUCGUGGCAUACUUUAUCACAGCUACGUAGAGUGGGAGGAUAUGUUUGCUGUGGAGAAAGCCCAUUUGCCAGGACACCGCUCAAUGAACCCUUGUCCGAUCUAUGAUGACUUCACAGGACAGAUCUUCCUUUUCUUCAUUGCUGUCCAGGGCAGGACAACAGAAUCUUACCAGAUCAUCACAGGCCAAAAUUUAGCAAAAUUGUGUUAUGUAACAAGCUCGGACCAAGGCAGGACAUGGAGUGAUGUCACAGAUUUGACCCAGAAGGUCAUCGGAGAGUCACUAAAAGAGUGGGCUACCUUUGCUUUGGGACCAGGACAUGGUAUCCAGCUAAAAUCUGGUCGUCUUCUUUUACCUGCUUACACCUAUCACAUAGAUUGUAGAAACUGUUUUGGGAAACUCUGUCGUACUACGCCAAGAGCGUUUGCCUUCCACAGCGAUGACCAUGGGAAGACCUGGACAUUUGGAGACCUAGUUCCAAACCUACAAACAGUAGAAUGCCAGUUGGUGUCAGUGGAUGAAGAAGAUGGCAGCAAUGUCUUGUAUUGCAAUGCCAGAAGCUCUUUAGGGUUCAGAGUGCAAGCUCUGAGUUAUGAUGGUGGUGUUGUCUUCCAAGAAGGGCAACUGGUGGAGAAACUGGUUGAGACACCUAAUGGAUGCCAUGGGAGUGUCAUUGGUUUUCCUGCUCCAUUAAAAAAAAAUUCGAGACUUAAUACUCAAAAUAUACUGUUACAGAAGCCUAUGAAUGCGAUCAGUGUAGCUAAGACAUCGAAUAUAGUAACUAAGAGAGUAUAUCGGUUACUUCAGAAAGGUGAAAGCAGUAAAGAAAAGUAUGAAGUAAAUAGACAGAACAAUAUCUGUAAAGUGAUGGUUCACAAACAGACAAAAGGGAAGGCAAUUGUCACGGGCAGCGAUAACAGGAAACAAGCAUCAUCCGAUCCAACGGAUAUACAAGUGCAAAAAAGGUUUUUAAAGACUGACUACCAAUUCCAGCUGCCUACUUGGGUUCUGUACUCCCAUCCAACUUGUGCCCAGAGGCGUAUGAAUUUGGGCAUUUACCUCAGUCCGUACCCUAAAGAUGCUGAUAGCUGGACCAACCCUUGGAUUAUCUAUGAAGGACCCAGUGCCUACUCUGAUCUAACGUAUAUAGAGCUACAGUCUGGAGAACUUGGAGCUAUGGCGUCUGCACCCUUAGUUGUCUUUGGUUGUCUUUAUGAAAAUGGUAUAACAUCUCCCUAUGAACAGAUAUCAUUCAGCAUGUUCACGUUAUAUGAAGUCAUCCAGAACCUGCCCUUUAACCCUGCCCUUCCCCUUCCAUCCAUGAUGGUAUAAGAGGAAUAUGUUUGCCACCUUAAAAGGCUAUUACUUUUAUAAAGGGAAAGUAUUACCUGUCCAGUGCUUUUCAUUGUUUCCAAGUCAAGUAUCCCCUACUGAAAUACAUUAGAUCAAAGAUCCCCCCGAAGCUAUGACUAUACACUGUGCGGCGUAAAAGCACAUCCAUUUGCGUAAAAUGCACAGGUUCUUAUAAGAGGCACAAUCUCACAGCUAAGCCCUGGAUCUUUUUUGAAAAAGUGGCAUAGACAGCACAAAAAGGAAAAAAGUUGCAAAUAUUUGUACAAAACAUGGCAAGAAAUCUGCAACUUUUAUCUACCAGAAAACUGGGGUAAAAAGUUGACAAAUUCCCCUUACAGCAUGAACACUCUCAACAUAUAUAUAAAUCACAAUUUGACAACCUAAGAGUCUAUUCACAUGGCAG